AUGGGUAGUGACAAGGUAGAUAAGAGGAGGGUACAGAAGAGGAGGGCAUGGGCUAAACACAAACCAGAAGGGGUAGUCUCAAAAAAGAAUUCACAAAAGAAAAGGGACGGGGUUGAGAUGGAAGGUAUGGGUGGUGACAAGGUAUGCAUGAGAAGGAAAGGGUUUGGUAUGGCUAAAAUGCCUAUUGUAGUGGCAGAGGCUGUGAUUAGCCUCGCCAAUCAUCAUGAAACUCUUGAGCUGGAACUGCCGAGGGUUGGGGAACCCUCGGACAGUUCAAGACCUCUGCUCUAUAGCAGAGAAGUCAAGACUCAACAUAGAGAAGGGGAGAAUAGAUGGUUGUUGACUUGUUUUUAUGGCCCACCUGAAAUUGUGAAGAUGAAAGAGGCAUGGUUGUUGCUUAAAACUAUGAAAUCUAGUGGUAAUGAGGGGUGGUUUAUAGUGGGAGAAUUCAAUGAAAUUAUCACAAAUGAUGAGAAGUGGGGAGGGAAGGCUUGGCCUGAGGGUCAAAUGAAACUGUUUAGAGAAUUGAAGAGUGAUGGGAACUUGUAUGAUUUGGGAUGGAGGGGGGACAAGUACACUUGUAGCAAUUCCCAUACAGAUGCAACCUUUACUAAAGAAAGGUUAGAUAGAGCUAUGGCGAAUCCCCAAUGGAUGAACACCUAUAUUGAGGCCUGGGUGGAAGUAAUGGUGGCCAGAACUUCUGAUCAUAAGCCACUAUUGGUCCAUAUUGAGAUCAAGAUAAAGGGUUGCAAGAAAGCCUUUCAGAGGUGGAAUAAGAAUAGGAAGCAGAGAAAUGGGAAGGAAGUAGAGGAAAAAACAAAGAUCUUACAGAGUUUACAGGCUGUGAAAAAUGGGAGCAAUGUGGAGGAAAUCAGAAAGGUUUCCAAAGAGUUGCAUCUAGCAUUAGAGAAGGAAGAUCUUUGGUGGAAACAACGAGCCAAGAGAAAUUGGCUGUUUCAAACUACAAAACCAAGUCCAGACAACAUUGAAAGAUGUCUUGUGGGCAUGAAUAAGAGGGUAACCAUAGAAAUGAAUGAAAGGUUGUCAAAAAGGUUCACAUCAGUAGAAGUAGAGGAAGCAGUGAAACAAAUGGCUCCAUUAAAAGCCUCUAGACCAGAUGGAUUUGGUCCUUGUUUCUAUCAAAAUCAUUGGGGUGUAGUGGCUGAAGAAGUGAGUAGAGCUGCACUAGAUACUUGA